AUGGACUUUUGCUUCUUCAUCCCGGUCAUCUUUGGGUGCCCGACGAAAAUUAAGCAAGAAGGCGAUGGAUCGGCGCGCAUCUGUCCACGAUGCCAGAACGCGCAAGUGGUGCAGGCGAAAGCGCGCACAUGGUUCGAGCUGUGCUGGAUUCCGUUGAUCCCGAUGAAGAGCAAACACAUUUACUUUUGCAACAUCUGCCAGUGGCAAGCGGACCAGGACGGUGGAUUCCAGCCCCAGGUCGCGGGCGGUGGGUUCGGCGGUCAUCAAGCUUAUCAUCAGCAACAACCGCAGCAGUACGGCUACGGUCCGCCGCAGCAACAAGGUUAUGGCUACCCACCGCCGAAGCAUUGA